UGAGCUGUACUGCGAACCCCUCUCAGGCAACUCCGGCCUCACUGCUACGAUGACGCACUGCUGGAACAGAAAGUGCGUGUCUUUGGGCAUAAACCCCACCCUUCGUCCUCUGGUUUGGAUUAUCUGUAUCAUUCUUCCAUCAACAGAGCUCAGAUAGCCAAUUUCUCAAAGCCAUGGACGAGCUCAUCCGCAACCUCAAGUCUCGACGCAUUGCCGUCUACACAGCCGGAGAGCUCGAGUACGAACGCUCCGUGGCCAACGCAAACCUCCUCUUUCGCUAUGCCAGACCUGACUGCGUUGUUCAGCCCGACUCUGCCUGGCAGAUCCAGAAAAUCGUCCAAGAAGUCAAAAAGGUCAACGAAGCCAAAAGCCAGGGCAUUUCAAUCGUGGUCAAGAAUGGCGGUCACUCAUACGCGGGAUUCUCUACCUCGGAUCGAGGCAGCAUCUCGUUGGAUCUCGUCAAGAUGAACCAUGUUGAGAUUGACAAGGAGUCAAUGACUGCCACUAUCGAGGGCGGCGCUGUCUGGGCUCAUGCGUACAGGCAGUUGGUCAACAACCACAUGGAUGGAUAUGUUAUUAACGGUGGACGAUGCCCCAGUGUGGGCGUGAGCGGUUUUAUCUUGGGUGGCGGUCUCAGCCCGUUUACGCGAACCUUUGGAAUGGGGUGCGAUGGGUUGAAGGAGGCGACUAUUGUUCUUGCUGAUGGACGUCUCAUCACGGUUGGUGAGAACGACGAUGCCACGACAAACGAAGGCAAGCUGUUCUGGGCACUCCGCGGUGCUGGAGGUGGCAACUUUGGUGUUGUCGUUGAGGUGAAGUUGUCUAUCUACCGACUCCGCGAGAUCGAGAAGCCGUCCGAUGACGGGACGGGCGUCAUCUCCGGAAGAUACACAUGGUCUCCGAAGCCGUCUGAGAAGGAUAUGACGGAGUUUAUGGAAACUAUGAAGAAAUUCUAUAUCACACCCUGGCCGAACAGCAUGACCAUCGACAGCACCUGGAUCUGCAGGCUUGGCUACAAGGAUGGCGAGCUUGAAGUUCGAUUCCCCGUCUACUUCAAUGGCAUCAAGGAGGACUUUGACCAAAUUAUCAACGAGCAUAUCGGCGAAAAACACCACCUGUCAAAGAAGCUCACGCGGCGAUGCUGGCAGGACAAGUCUACGCGCUUCCUGCAUGAGAACCUCGUCUCUCAGUGGUCCGAGGAAACGCAAAAGGCCCUUCCCUCCAAUGCAUCCUACCGCAUCUUCACCUCGCUCUGUUUCAAGGCCGAUCAGCGGGAUGAUGAGGGUAACAACAUCUUCGUCAGGAUCACCGAAACUCUCCGCAAAGAGAUGGCCGCUUUCCGGCAGAAGUUUGUCGGAGAAGAAGGUACCCUCCAAGUGACAUUCAUCCAUGCUGGCGGCAAAGCAACGGGGCCAGCGUCCAAUGCCACGGCCUUCCCCUGGCGAGAAGCCGUCUACCACGCCUACAUCCAGAUGGAGUGGACCGACAAGUGGCUGGAGUUGGAUAUGCGCGGAUUCUGCCAAAGGCUCAAGGAGGAACUCAAGCCAUUCUCCAUCGAGAAGGGUGCCGCAUUCAUCAACUUCCCGGAUGGCGACCUCCCGCCAGGUCAACACGAAAGCGUCUACUACGGCAACAAUCGUCACGACCUGCAGCGUGUCAAGCAAAUCUGGGAUAAAGACAACUUCUUCAAAUGGAAGCAGGGUGUUGGUCUUCCACCCACUUCACAGACACCUGCAGCCACGGCGGGAAAGAAGGACGAUGAUCCAGCUGCUCCCCAGGGUGAUUCUGCUCUAGAUUCGCAGGUCUUGACGGAUAAACUUGCGAAGGAGCAGUGGGAGAAAUUUGACCCUUCUACUGCGCUCGAGCUGGCUGCAUCACUGCCAUUCUUCCCCUUGGGCUGGGCACUGAUACCGGGUCUUGUUGCUGGGUUGAAAUCAGCUCGCUUGGCUGGGGGUGAAUAGUCAUCUUUUAUGCUAUGGUUAUACGAAACAGCUUUUCGUGGCAAUAAUGUCAAUAUUUGGAAGAUGUCUUAUUGAUCAAAGGUAAAUUCGUAUUUGUCCCUUUCAAAUAUUACUGUUGAUCACUUUGUGGUUUAUCUUGGUGGUUCUUGGACUCGCCGUGAAAAUAUAUAUCUACACAGCUCUCAGGAAUGCUACGAUAUCACCAUCUACCACCGAAAUAUAUAAGCGAUGACUGAUUCUCCAUCUGACUGAAUUAAUCUCUUGCCAUCCUAUCCCAUGCCAUGGAUUCCUACAGGCAAAUAUUAAUACCCUCCCAACCCCACCAUAGCUCCAUCCAGCU